AUGUCCUCCUCGAAUGCAAACAUCGCCGCCACUAACAAGGCCUUCAGCGAUGCCGCUGACAAGAUUGAGCACCUUCUGGGCCAAGCUUGGCAAUUAGAUGCCGGCGAUCCUGAACAUCUCACUAUAGCGAUGGAGAUGGGCAGGGCUUUGACCCAGGCAAUGAUGUCUCACGGCGGGAGUGUUACCGUGCUCUCGCCACUAAUUUUGUCGGCUGCUGCAGAACUGCAGCAGCACAUGAAUGCAUCCAGGACUGGUCUCACCGGCACACCCGCUUGGGGAAACAUUCGAGGUGACGAUAUCCGCAUCAAAACUCACCCUUUGUUCCCUUCCACCAGGAACUACCAGCGGAGCCCUUCAGCCUCAGCUUCUCCGCCACGCCCGGGCCCAUCUCAGCUCAGCAAGCGGCCUGCGAUGGAGGAGCCUGAGGAACGCAGGCGAGGCAUUGAGCGCGGGAAACAUCCCUGUGCCUCAAGUGCUCGGAGCCGCAGCCGCCCAGCCAUGUCCAAGCGGCAGCGGCAGAAGUCAAAGGCCAUCAUUACCAGUGACGAUGAACUUGAAGAAGAGGAACCGGCGAGUCCGGUGAUUACAACCAAUAAAAAGGCACGCCGUGCCUAUGUUGAAGUGGACACCGAAGAAGAAACGGAAGAUGAUGGCGAUGAGGAAGACGCUGUGGAGCCGCCGAGGAAGAUUACCGCCGCACCUGUCGCCAAGCCGAUGACUUCAGGUCCAGAUCUCAUGGAGGAUGAGUUCGCCAAUACGAUGACGGAAGCCUAUCACAAGGACCACGGCGGAAAGUUGCGCAUGUGCACGCUUUGCAGCCGCCUGAAGAUUCGAUGCGGAGGCAAGGGCUCCGAGGCGCCGAAAAUGAAGCCGAAGUCGGUGAUGGCACGGUGCACACGCUCCCAAUCUUGGCGCCGUCACUCGCCACCACCUGCCCCAGCUGCUUUUGUUGCUCCGGCAGCCAGCCAGGAGCAGCUACCUCCCCCACAAGUUGAGAUCUGGGCUAAGCCAGCCCCUCCCAGCAUCCCUAAUCAGGAGAUGCAGGAUCUCCGCGACAAGGUUGCUGGCCUUCGGGCCACCGUUGAAACCUUGCUGCAGCAAGUUGCCAAUGGCGACCGGCAAUUUCGGGAGAGUUUGGCAGCACAGGACCGACGCGCCGAUCUGCUGGAAGCUGAGUUAGAAGUCCUCCGCCAACUUGUUGUGUCGGCAACUGCUCAGCCUGCUGCUGGCACUGACCCCCUCGAUGUGCCGCCUGGUGAGCAAACACCUCCGGCACUAACCACUCAGCCUCCCCCCGACACUCCAGCCAGUGAUAUGCAGCCGGGCACUGAACCUUCGUCAGCGCCCACUGAGGACACAUCUAUCCCGUUGGGCGCCACACCUGCCGGUACCUCCAUCGAGGCCAAUGUUGAACUGGCCACUGGUCCGGCGACGCCUCACGCUGAGAUUGCUUGUUUGCUGGUAGCCAUGAAGGCCGCCGAUGAUGCCAUUAUGUAA